UUGAACCAGCACCAUUUUCAAAUUAAUACACAGAGAGUGUUGGUAAAAAGUUAUUUCUUUCUGCAUUGAAAUUAUCAACCUAUGGGAAAUAAAUUUGCCAAAGGUGCUAGGUUUCGUCGACCAAAUCAACAAGACGAAACCUCUCAAAGAAAUGAUGAAGCAACCUCUCCCUCCCAAUAUCGUAUUGUGAGUACAGAAGAAAUUCAAGCCAAUUCCUCUCCUUCCAAUCAUCAUCAUCAUCCCAACAAUAAUAAUUCCAAUUUUUCUUCUUCUGACUCACCAACACUCCGAAAAUCCAAAUCAAAUCGAACAAGAAGUUUGAGUACCUCCACAACAACAGGUGGUAACAAUGGUAGUAGUAGUAGUGGUAGCAAUAAUGCUCGUUCAAGUCCAGGUACCUCUCCGACAAGUCAUCAUCAACGUUUCCUUCUGACCAACAAUCAUACAACAACAACAACUCCAAGCCUUGCAUCCUCUUCAUCAACAACAACAAAAAAUUCCCCGCCAAAUUCUACAGUAAUUUCCAAUCAGAAAAAAAAGAGUGGUGUUGGCGGUUCGUUCAGGUUCCGAUCAUUGAGAGGGAAUAAUUCGGCAUCGGCAUCAUCAUCGUCUUCAUCAUCGAGUAAGAAGAGUAAGAAGAGUAAUGAGGGAAAGCAUAAUGAAAAGCAACAACCUCAAUUGCAAUUGAAUGAUUCGAAUUUGAAUUCAUCAGUGCAAAAUAAUCAACAUCAUCACCAUAAUAGAACAAUAUCAAAUGGUUCGACACAUAGUGGUGCAAGUGGACAUUUUCCUCUACUUUCAUCAUCAUCGACUGGAAUGAUACAAACUGGUGGACAUUUUCAUAGAAAAACUUCAAGUCAGCCUCCACCUAAUUGGGCUACUUUUAAUUAUCAAAAUUCUGGAAGUUUAUUGUCUCCUAAUGGAACUGGUAAUCCAUUGGUUAGUUUACAAAUGUCUCCAAGUCCUUCAUCAUGGCAGAAUAAUUACUUUAUCUAUAAUUAUGCAAUUUUAUCAUCAUCAGCUCCACAACCUUCCACAGUGAAUAGAAGUUUAUCUAGCUCACCAAUGAGUGUUUCUUCAGCUGCUUCAAGUGUUAGUAAUUCGAGAGAUCAAUUAGUGGAAUAUCAAUUGAUGGAAUUCUCACCACAACAACGAUUGGUUCAUGAAAAACUGAGGGCCAUGUUUCCUUCCAUGAAAAAUGUGCCUGACUAUUUCUUGGCCUAUUUUUCAUUGGUUCUUUCAGAUGAAAUAACUUUGAAGGAGACAAUCUUUUCAAAUGUCAGUGAUAUUUCAUUCUACUUGGAAAUGCAAUCCAAGAUUGAAGAAUUAUUCCUCGAAGAAGAGGAAAGACUCGGAAAAUCACCUAGUACUUCUAGAAUGGAUCAUUUCACUCCUAAAUCACCAGCUUAUCAUAGUGUUACCAAUGACAAUCUUCUUGCGAACACUACUGAAGAUGGUGACAUUAACUAUUCUUCCAAUUUUUUCAAUUCUAAUGAUGCCUAUGAAAAUAUUACCUCUAACCUAAAUUUGAACGACUCAUAUUCUAGUAAUAACACUUCUACCGAAAAAGGUGAUAUUCCUUCCUCAAUUAUCAAUUUCCAAUUAGAUUUCCUAAAUCCUUUCCACAUGAUGAGCAGAAGUGAGCUCACUGUUCGCUUAAUCAUUCUACCAAAAAUUUUCAAAAAUGUUUUCUAUGCAAAGACUGAAGUUGCUCAAUUAAUGUCGCCUGUAUUUUCUACUAGAAAUAAUUUACACUUCCGAGAUUCCUUUAUUCACAACGACGAGUUUGUUGUAUGUAUCAUGAUUGGAUUUUGGGUACUCGAGUACAUUCCAUCCUCUGGAAUUAUUGUACCAAAACUUAUUUAUGGACCAUCAGAGCUAUUUUCAUAUAUACAGAGUAUUCCUGUAAUUGCCACUCUGAAUAAUAGUGAUGGACACGUAAUGAGUGCACUCAUUUCUACAAUAGUUAAAUGGAAUUGUGAAAAGAAGAAUCCAAACACUAACUCUAUGACGUUCAUUGAUGACUUACUAAAGACACUACACAUUAACUUUAAAUAUGCCCAUAAUUCAACACUUGAAAAUUGGAGGAAGGGUAACUCAUCUCUUGAAUGGACCAUACCAAAUCAUUACAACCUGCUAAAGGAUCCUAGUGUAAACACUACUAGUUCUCGAGUUUUGAAAUUCAAAUCAAUUGAAGAUUAUGAAUUAUCAGUGCCUAAAAUUGUUCACACCCUGAGUAGUGAAUUGUUAAUUUCUAAUGGAGGAGUUUUUGAUUAUCUAAGUUGUCUCCAAAAAUGUUUCUCAGAGGACUAUUUCAUGUUACAAACAAUUAGAGCCUCAUUACAAUUAAAAGAAUUCGCCCACUUGAAAUAAAUGCAGUUCAAAUUUUGUUUAUU